AUGGCGAUGGACCGGCCAGGUUUGCACGACCCCAACCCGCAGGUUGACGAAUGGGUCGAUCAAGAUGAGGCUUCAGCUUCAGAGUGCGACCCGCCUGGAGAGUGGGUGCGCGCAUGGGAGGGCUCCAGCUCGGACGACGCGGGUGAGGUGAUGAGCUCCGCGACCGAGACGACCUUUCACGGCGAGCCGUUCCUGCGGGCCCUGACCUUAUCACGCCUCGCUAUGCCGAUGCCCAUGCUGCUACAAGUGGCUCAGCUCUCCACGAACGGCCUGCAGAACCUGUUCACAGCCGUGACAGGGAUGUUGCUCGUGCAGAAGGCCCGGUGCUUCCACGGCAGCAAGGAGCAUCCGGAUAUGGAACUUGAGUCGCUUCGACGCCUUCUGGGCAGUGAUGGCGAUGACCAUGGGAAAUGUGGCAACCAAGCUUCUGAGAAGGCCAGGCCUUAG